CUCCGGCGGCGCCGAGCCCACGAGCGGAGCCUCGCAGCGGCCCGAGGGGCGGCUGGGGCAGGUGGCGGCGCCGCGAAGAUGGUCGCCAAGCAGCGGAUCCGUAUGGCCAACGAGAAGCACAGCAAGAACAUCACCCAGCGCGGCAACGUCGCCAAGACCUCGAGAAAUGCCCCCGAAGAAAAGGCCUCUGUAGGACCCUGGUUAUUGGCUCUCUUCAUUUUUGUUGUUUGUGGCUCUGCAAUUUUCCAGAUUAUUCAAAGUAUCAGGAUGGGCAUGUGAAGUGACUGAACCUUAAGAUGUUUCCAUUCUCCUGUGAAUUUUAACUUGAACUCAUUCCUGACGUUUGAUCCCUGGUUAAAAACAAUGAAGUAAAGCAUCCUGCCUCAGAGUGACUUUUCCUAUAUAUCGUCCUUCAUGUAUCAUUCCAAGGUUUCUUCACGAGUCAUUCCAAGUUCUCUAGUCCGUACCACAGUGCCUUGCAAAAGCACCACAUGACUAAAGCAAUAAAAUAUGAUUGUUAAGCUACAGUAGUGGACCCUUCUUAUUCAGUCAGCAAGGAGUAAGUUUUUCUCCGUGGUUGUUGAAACUGUGUGCAGUAUGGCUAAUCAGAUCAAAUCAGUGCAGACCAGGUCUAGGUGUUGUUAAGCCUAAUGUGUAAAUGCAGUUAGCUUAAUUUAAAAUUCAGAAUCUAUGGUUUUUAUAUAGCUAGGCACUUUAUUACUACUGUCUCUUGAAUUGAAAGCACACUCCCAUAUAGGGUCACCUAACCGUCCUGCAAUAAGGUGCUUUUAAAUGGGACAGCUACAGAGUUAGCCUAGGUUUACCACAACCUUUAGCACCUAAAAAUUUUAAAAGGCCUCUAAAUGCCUACUGUACAGGGAGAUGCUUAUAGCCACAAGCUUUGUUUCAACAAUGUUUGUAUUACACUACCUUGGAUUUUACAUGAGUGAAUAUACUCACCUAAGAUGCCAUAAAAAAUAAAAGAACUUGGUGUUGAG